GACGAGGGGAGGGGGGGGAGGGUGAGGGUCACAUGGCCCUUUCCGGUAACCGAAUCAUUCAAUCAACAACAUACAUAAGUAACAUCACAUCUCUCCCCUCCCCUCCACAAAUCGAUCAAUUUCAAACGCACCAUUCAACACACAACCUCCCCAACUCUCUCUCUCUCUCCUUCUCUCUCUCUCUCCCUCUCUCUCUCCUCUAUAUAUCCUUCUUCCCCCACUCCUUUUCCCACUGCCGUUUCCUUUGGUUUUGUUUGUUAUCUCCUAUGGUAUCAAUCAACCACUGAUUAAACCUCUUACUCUCGCCGGAGGCUUGGUGUGGAUUUGUUGCUUUUUGUUGUGUUGAUUGAAGAAGAAGAAGAAGGGAAAGAAUAGGUAGUGUGGUGUUUGUCGAUGGAAGUUGAGGCUGGUCAGUUUGCCCCGCGGAUUUUGAGCGAUAGAGUAUGAAGAGUGUGCAAGGUGUUGGGAAUGUUUAUGCAACUCCGGCUGGUUACGCAGCGAUGCCUCCUUUGUCUGGAACGACGGCGGCUAUGGGAAAUUUGCUUCCUUUGUACGGCACGGCAAUGGCGCCUGCUGGUCCGGUGAAAGCUGGCGUUGGUAAGUCUGAGAGUGGUCUCACAUAUGCACUGCCUGGAUCAAGGAAGCGUUCCAGAGAUUCCUUUAAUCCUCUGGACUCGGCAUUGCCUGGCGACGUUCAUAAUCAGACUACUGCGAACAACGCAGCUUUUACUUUUCUCGGUGUAGAUUUAUCAUUUCAUUUUCUCCAACAGCAAUUGGAAACCGAUCGAUUCAUCGUUCAGGAAACGGAAAGACUGAGGAUGGAGAUUGAAGAGAAAAGAAAGAAGUUCUGCAGGAGAAUCGCAAUCUGUAUUCAAGAGAACGUAGCGAAAAAACUGAAAGCGAAGGACGAACAAAUCAACGAGAUAGGAAAGUUAAACUUCGCUUUGGAAGAAAGAGUGAAAUCUCUGUGCGUGGAGAACCAAAUUCUGAAAGACAUAGCUCAAACAAACGAAGCCACAGCGAACGCAUUGAGAUGCAAUCUGGAGCAAGUCCUUCUAACACAAGUCCAAGACGAUCGGCGAAAUCAGCAGCAAGUUCAUCAUCCUCCACACGACGAUGAAGUUGACGACGCCGAGUCCUGCUGCGGCAGCAACGCGGAGGUCGGUUCCAAUCUCCGCACAUUGGCGGAGACACACGAUUGCGAUUCCAAAAUCAACGCCGGUAAUGAAUGCUGCAAUCGACGAAACACGACGUGCAGAUCCUGCGGGAAAGCAGAAUCGUGCGUCCUGCUCUUGCCGUGCCGGCAUCUCUGCCUCUGCACGGUCUGCGGCUCCGCUCUGCACAAUUGCCCCGUCUGCACCACCGCCAAAACCGGCAGCCUCCACGUUAACUUCUUCACUUCCUGAAUUCACUCACUCUUUCUCCUAUUUUCUGUUCCACAAAUAGAAUACACAUUCUCACGUAGGAUUAUUACCCAAACUCCAAAAAAAAAAAAAAAAAAAAAAAAGAUCACUCCACAUCCAUCUUUUCUAAUGUUUCAUUUUUUACUUUUUCAUCUCUCAACUCAAUCCUUCUUCAUUCUGUACAAACAAAACAAUGUAAAUUAUCACCAGUUCUUUCA